AACAUUUUUCCUCACGGCUCUGAGUCCUGGACAAUUUUUGAAGAAACCGAAAAAAAGAUUAACGCUGCUGAAAUGUGGUUUUCGAGAAGAAUUAUGAAAAUUAGUUUGACCUCUCAUACUUCGAAUGAGGAUGUUUUAAAACAGUUAUGA